AUGCUGGAAAUGGGCUCCUGUUCGGUUAGCUCUCAGUCUCUGACAGGGAACCACAAUGCUAGAAGCCCAGGAGGGCCUGACUGUCCAGUGGGUGGUUUGGCUGUGGGGGCAAUGUGUGGUAGCAGCACCCCCCGGCACCACAUCAUCCGCCCAUCGCCAGCGGACUGCGAGAGCUGGCAGAAGCAUCGCGCAGGACUGGCUGGAGGGUCAAAGCUGUAUUCUGAAUCGCACUCCCUCCUGGAGCCCGAAAGCCUCUCAACCAGCUAUGACACCCUCUACCUCUCACACGUGUCUGGCCACGCUCCUCCUUUACACCCAAACCGUCUCGGUCUCACCCUUGAUGUGGUUUCCACUUUUGAUGUUGGAGUCGGGAUGCUUGGGGUGGAUGGAGAUAUGGCAGUCAGUCCUAAUGUGAUCAAGAGACGGCGGGGCGGACUGAUUGAGCAGAGAGACAUUGUUAAAGCCCACCAAGCUCAUAAGAUUCAGAGCACACCUCAGGCGCGACGCAAGGAGUGGGAAAUGGCCCGUUUCGGAGACGACGUCCCGGGCUUGUUGAGUUCAGGGGAUGGAGGGUCAGAGCGCAUCCGGAACCGCGAUGGCGCUGCCGUGUCUACAGGUGGUAUAUCUCCAGCCUUCAAGCAGACCAAAGCGCAGCGUGCCCGCACCAUGGCCUUGUACAACCCUAUUCCGGUCAGGGAGAACUGCUUCACCGUCAACAGGUCGCUCUUCAUCUUCGGCGAGGACAACGUGGUCAGGAAGUACGCCAAGAAAAUCACCGAGUGGCCUCCAUUUGAGUACAUGAUCCUCGCCACCAUCAUCGCCAACUGUAUCGUGUUGGCUUUGGAGCAGCACCUUCCCGGAGAGGACAAAACACCCAUGUCCAAAAGACUGGAGAAGACAGAGCCCUACUUCAUAGGGAUGUUCUGUUUUGAGGCAGGCAUAAAAAUCAUUGCCCUGGGCUUUGUGUUUCAUAAAGGUUCUUACCUCAGGAAUGGGUGGAACGUCAUGGACUUCAUUGUGGUCCUCAGUGGGAUCCUGGCUGCAGCAGGGGCACAUAUGAACAUCUCUGUGGACUUGAGGACGUUGAGAGCUGUGCGAGUACUUCGACCUCUCAAGCUGGUCUCGGGCAUCCCCAGUCUGCAGAUAGUCUUGAAGUCUAUAAUGAAGGCCAUGGUCCCUCUGCUACAGAUUGGUCUGCUACUCUUUUUUGCGAUCCUCAUGUUCGCCAUCAUCGGUUUAGAGUUUUACAGCGGCAAACUCCACUACAGCUGCAAACCGAAGCCUGGGAUCCUGGAAAAUGAGACUAUGGACUCAUCUGAGGUCGAGUUUCCGUGUGGCGUGCGUAAGUGUCCCGCCAAAUACACCUGCAACGAUACCUGGAUCGGGCCCAAUGAUGGCAUCACGCAGUUUGACAACAUCCUGUUUGCUGUACUCACCGUCUUCCAGUGUAUCACCAUGGAAGGAUGGACCACUGUACUCUACAAUACCGACGAUGCCUUGGGCCCCAGAUGGAACUGGCUUUACUUCAUCCCUCUAAUCAUCAUCGGCUCCUUUUUUGUCCUGAACCUGGUGUUGGGAGUCCUCUCUGGAGAAUUUGCCAAGGAGAGAGAGAGAGUUGAAAAUCGCAGGGCCUUCAUGAAGCUGAGACGCCAACAGCAGAUUGAGAGAGAGCUCAACGGCUAUCGGGCCUGGAUCGACAGAGCAGAGGAAGUUAUGCUUGCAGAGGAGAAUAAAAAUCCAGGACCUUCUGCCCUUGAUGCUCUCAGGAGGCUCCCAGAGUGGAGUACAGGUGGUGUCUAUGUGUUGAAGCGAGCCACCACCAUCAAGAGGAGAGGCAUGGAUGUGGUGCGUCAAGGGCAACCAGGGGAGGAACAAUAUGGUGACAUCUCCUCUGUGGGCAUCCCCAUGACCAGAACGAGUAUCCGGAGCACUAAGCGAGGUCCGACAGCAUAUUUCCGCCGUAAGGAACGUCUCCUGCGCAUCUCCAUCCGCCGCAUGGUGAAGACACAGACUUUCUACUGGACUGUGCUCGGCCUUGUGGCUCUCAACACACUGUGUGUAGCCAUUGUUCACCAUAACCAACCCGUAUGGCUCUCCAACUUUCUCUACUAUGCAGAGUUUCUGUUCCUCGCUCUGUUCCUGACUGAGAUGCUCCUUAAGAUGUACAGCUUGGGCCCACGUCUUUAUUUCCACUCCUCCUUCAACUGCUUUGACUGCAGCGUCAUUGUUGGCAGCAUCUUUGAAGUGCUGUGGGGUUUCUUCAGGCCUGGCACUUCCUUUGGCAUCAGCGUCCUGCGUGCACUGCGUCUGCUGAGGAUCUUCAAGAUCACCAAGUACUGGGCGUCUCUGAGGAACCUGGUCGUCUCUCUGAUGAACUCCAUGAAGUCCAUCAUCUCCCUCAUAUUCCUUCUCUUUCUCUUCAUUGUUGUCUUUGCCCUCCUUGGCAUGCAGCUCUUCGGUGGAAGGUUCAUCUUUGAAGACUACACUCCAACAAACUUUGACACUUUCCCUGCAGCUAUCAUGACCGUCUUUCAGAUCCUUACCGGAGAGGACUGGAACGAGGUGAUGUACAACGGUAUUCGCUCCCAAGGUGGAGUAAAGUCUGGCAUGUGGUCUUCUGUCUACUUUAUAGUUCUCACCCUUUUUGGAAACUACACUUUGCUUAAUGUCUUCUUGGCCAUUGCUGUGGAUAACCUUGCCAAUGCACAAGAGCUAACAAAGGAUGAAGAGGAAGCAGAGGCAGCGUUCAACCAGAAGCAUGCUCUGCAGAAGGCGAAGGAGGUUGGACCAUUGUCCUCCUUCAUGUCCUCAGAGGGAAGCCGCAGGAGGCGGCCCUAUCUGUACAGGAAACGAGCCAUUCACCGCAGCAGGCCUACCUAUGCCUGCUCCCUGGAGGAGGCCCAUGGCAGUGUCAGGGAGGGCCGCCCACCCCCACCACUCAACCCCUCUAACUCUUUCAUGUCCAGGAGAGAGAGAGGAAAGAGGUUGACCAUGUCAGUGUGGGAGCAGAGGACCAGCCAGCUGCGGAGACACCGCCAGAUGUCCAGCCGAGAGAUCCUGUUCAGUAGCCCCACCGAGGAGAAAGACGGUCCUCCUGCCUCGAGCCAGGCUCACGUACGUCCACUUUCGCUGCACCGCAAGGCCAUGCAAACACCGUCAGGGAGUAUAAAGCAUCUGACAGAUCCCCUAGCCUCCCCAGCCAAGACCCAGCCUUCAGGCUCCUCCAUAUCUGUGGAAGUACCACUGGAUGCAGCUCUGUCUGGUGACAUACCCGAAUCAGUGGAGCCAGAAUCAGCGGAUCCCACUGAUUCUGUGUUCAUGAACAUACCAGAGCCGCCUAAUUCAGUGCCCAUCCCUCAGAGCAAAAACCUGGAUGUUAAUCAGAGUCACAAACACGUCAGUGAGCGUCACAGCCCCAGAUUGAAUGGUGAGCGUCAACACAGGGCAGUAAAGAAGUUCAGACCUCCAGAUAAUGGGGAGGCACUGACUCCAGAUGUGGGAGGUCGUGGUGGAAACAGGGGCAGUAAGGACUUGUAUCAUUAUGACCAUCAGACCAGGAUCAGAAGUCAGGGGUCUUCUCCUGCCAACGGAGGCCAGGCGGCGAGCUGCUCUGUCGUCGGGGACAAGAAGAGUAACCCUGGGAAAGCAGAAGAGCAUGCAGAAGAUGCUAAAAACAAAGAGGGAGACGUCUCCAAGCAUGAGGAGAGCAGACUCAGUGAUAAGAGUGCAGAAGGGGACAACGCUCCAGCAGAUAACCAGAGCCACACUGGUGAUCAGUGUCCCCAGAAGCAAGAAGAACCUCCUCGGCCUUCAGAGCCGCCUGCGCCUGCUGUCCCAGAGGACAACAAAGAAGAAACAGAGAUGCAGCAGGAACGGGAUAAAUCUCAGCUAAGCUCCAGUGUGAUCAUCGAAGUGCCCAAUGUGCAUUCAUCUCUCGAGCUCUCCACAAUCAAAGUCAACAGUAAGGACCCUGAACAGUGUAAGUCAGAGAAGGAGGAAUCAGAAGAGACGAAGCCGGCCAACUCUGUGAUCCCAGACAGUAUGUUCAUCUUCAAACCUGACAACCCUGUGCGUCGAGCGUGUCAUUAUGUGGUGAACCUCAGGUACUUUGAGAUGUCCAUCCUUCUGGUCAUUGCUGCCAGUAGUAUAGCACUGGCUGCUGAGGACCCUGUAGCCACCUCGUCGCACUGGAAUAAGGUUCUGCGCUAUUUUGACUACGUGUUCACUGGAGUCUUCACAUUUGAAAUGAUAAUAAAGAUGAUUGAUCAGGGUCUGAUCCUCCAUGAUGGCUCCUACUUCAGAGACCUGUGGAACAUGCUCGACUUCGUCGUAGUGGUGGGAGCGCUGGUGGCCUUCGCCCUCACCAAUGUGAUGGGAAAUAACAAAGGACGGGAUAUCAAAACCAUCAAAUCUCUGAGGGUGCUGCGCGUCCUCAGACCACUGAAGACUAUCAAGAGGCUUCCUAAACUAAAGGCGGUGUUUGACUGCGUAGUGACGUCUCUAAAGAACGUCUUCAACAUCUUAAUCGUCUACAAGCUUUUUAUGUUCAUCUUUGCCGUCAUCGCUGUUCAACUCUUCAAGGGGAAGUUUUUCUACUGCACCGAUAGUUCGAAGGACACAGAGAAAGACUGCCAGGGUUACUAUAUUGACUACGGGAAAGACAAGAAAGAGGUGAAGAGAAGAGAGUGGAAGAGGCAUGAAUUUCACUACGACAACGUCAUCUGGGCUCUCCUUACUCUCUUCACGGUUUCCACUGGAGAGGGAUGGCCUCAGGUUCUGCAGCACUCUGUGGAUGUGACAGAAGAGGACAGAGGUCCGAGCCACGGCAACAGGAUGGAGAUGUCGAUCUUCUACGUCAUCUACUUUGUCGUCUUCCCGUUCUUUUUCGUCAACAUUUUUGUGGCUCUCAUCAUCAUCACCUUCCAGGAGCAGGGAGAUAAGAUGAUGGAGGAGUGCAGCCUGGAGAAGAAUGAGAGGGCAUGCAUAGACUUUGCCAUCAGCGCCAAGCCCCUGACCCGAUACAUGCCGCAGAAUCGGCACACGUUCCAGUACCGUUUGUGGCAUUUCGUUGUGUCGCCUUCAUUCGAGUACACCGUCCUGGCCAUGAUUGCGCUCAACACUAUCGUGCUGAUGAUGAAGUAUUACUCUGCCCCGCCGGCGUACGAGGCUGUGCUGAAGCACCUGAACACGGCUUUCACUGUUCUCUUCUCUGUUGAGUGCAUCCUUAAGAUCUUGGCCUUUGGCUUUCUGAACUACUUUCGAGACACGUGGAACAUUUUUGACUUCAUCACCGUUUUGGGCAGCAUCACUGAGAUUGUGGUAGACCUGCAGUUUGUUGAUACGAUCAACAUGAGUUUCUUGAAGCUGUUCCGAGCAGCCCGUCUGAUUAAACUGCUAAGACAAGGCUACACCAUCCGUAUUCUGUUGUGGACCUUUGUUCAGUCCUUUAAGGCUUUGCCCUACGUCUGCCUGCUCAUUGCCAUGCUCUUCUUCAUCUAUGCCAUCAUUGGCAUGCAGGUUUUUGGGAACAUUAAGUUGAACGAGGAGACGCACAUUAACCAGCACAACAACUUUAAAUCCUUCUCUGGUGCUCUGAUGCUGCUAUUCAGGAGUGCUACUGGGGAGUCGUGGCAGGAGAUCAUGUUGUCUUGUCUGGGAGGACAGAAGUGUGAAACGGACCCAUUGCUCCAAGCAGAUUCGACAGACCCGGAAGGGGGCUGUGGUUCCGACUUUGCCUAUUUCUACUUUGUUUCAUUCAUCUUUUUUAGCUCCUUCCUGAUGCUGAAUCUGUUUGUGGCUGUAAUCAUGGAUAAUUUUGAAUAUCUCACCCGGGACUCGUCCAUCCUGGGUCCCCACCACCUAGAUGAGUUUGUUCGAAUCUGGGGGGAGUACGAUCGAGCUGCCUGUGGUCGUAUCCAUUACACUGACAUGUAUGAGAUGUUGACCAACAUGUCACCACCUCUAGGCCUGGGCAAGAAAUGCCCCUCCAAGGUGGCAUAUAAGAGACUAGUUCUGAUGAACAUGCCUGUGGACGAUGACAUGACGGUCCACUUCACCUCCACCCUGAUGGCCCUCAUCCGCACUGCCCUUGAAGUCAAGAUAGCCAGAGGAGGGGAAGAUAGGAAUCAGAUGGAUUUGGAUCUGCAGAAGGAGAUUAGUGUGAUCUGGCCUCAUCUCUCUCAGAAGACGCUGGACCUACUGGUUCCAAUUCACAAAGCCAGUGACAUGACCAUAGGUAAGAUCUAUGCUGCCAUGAUGAUCAUGGACUAUUACAAGCAGAGCAAAGCCAAGAAGCUUCGACAGCAACUGGAGGAACAGAAACACGCUCCUAUGUUCCAGCGUAUGGAUGCUUCCUCUCUUCCACAAGAAAUCCUAUGCAAUGCCAAAUCCCUCUCAUUCCUAAGGCAUAGUGCUGGAUCUGCUCUUACCAGAGGAGGUUUUGUGGCACUCAGCCCGAUCUCUCCCCAAGAGAUGUUCCUGCAACCGCUGUCCCGCCCCAGAGAGGAGAAAGAGGAAAACGAUGAAGAUGAUUACCAUUCACCCUACCACCCCUACCGCAUUCACCACCACCAUCAUCAUUUACACACACUGGUCCCAGAGGUAGUAGAGUAUAACCAAGUGAUGCAGCAGGCCCGGCAGGACCCAGCGCUAAUGAAAUCACCUCAGCGUACAGCAUCUAUCAGAGCGUCGUCCAUGCCCAGGCUGGCUGCAGAUCCUCAGCCUGGGAUGUCUGCAGACAGUAGGCUGAUGAAGCGCUCCUUCUCUACCAUUGGAGACCAGUGUGUGAACGGUCUCUGGCAGGAACAGCACUCUCUGGAGAGGAUCAGCCCUGAUGCCACAUACAGGCCCCGACAGAGGAGCUACAGAGGUCCUAGAAUCAACCACAAAGAAACAAUUAGUCACGAGAGAGGGCGAUCCAAGGAGCGCCGCCACCUGCUGUCCCCUGAUGUGUCGCGCUGCAACUCUGAGGAGCGGAGUCGAGACCCUUCAUGUGAAAGGAGAAGGUCCCGCUCACCUAGCGAAGGACGCACACAUACCUUACAGAAACAGGUGAACACAUCAGACAGCCCUGCCCACUCAGCCUCAGAGUCUGGUACUCCUCGUAAUCGCCGCCAGUUGCCCCAGACUCCCCCUCGCCCACGGCCUUACAUCUCCUACUCUCCUCUCGUCUGCCGAACCCAAACCUCUUCCACAACAGCAGCAGCCGCAGCCUCCAAUGAGGGACAGAGCCAGCCUCAGGACACUCCUGCUGGCCCCACAGAGGCCUCACUGAGGGUUGACAAGGAGAGCAGGCCUUUAUCUGCAGUCCAGGGGUCAUCCGGAGUUCACGUUUCAGGACCGAGCCACCCCUCUCCUCAUCGUUACAUAUCGGAGCCCUACCUCCCAUUCCACGAGGACCUAAGCAGUGGCGAAGCAAGCGAGAGGCAGGAGACGCUUACCUUUGAGACUGCCGUGGCCACCAGCCUGGGUCGGGCCAAUGCCAUAAGCUCGGCUCCUCAGCUCAGACACUCCUGGCAGGUCCCUAAUGGGCAUUUCCGAAAGCACUUGGGCCAGACAAGUCCAGCUGGCGCCAGCGAGCUUUUAAGUGACACAGACGAGGAUGAUCGCUGCUAAAAACAACAAAAAAAACAGAGAGAAAGAUGAGGAGGAUGCACAGGGCACCUCAGAACAGCCCACGUGGCACCACAACGCUUUAGCUCCACAGUGGCCCCGAGAACCCGAUGUUCUCAGCGCCAGUAGCAUUACGAGCAGGACUCAGUCCCACUGCUGUUUAUCUGGAUGCUGGUGUCUGUCUGCAUGUGUCCUCGUGUCCGUUUGUUGUAGCUGGAGGAGACUACAUGUGUGGACACGGAUGUGAAUUUCUGUGUGUGCGCUCUUAAAAGAGAUUUUUUUUUUGCCAAAUCACGAAAACAGCAGAGACUGAAAAUACCAUUAGUAGCUCACUGCGGGCAAACCCACAUGUUGCCAAGCCUUCCCACGCAACUUUGUGUUUUGAGUGUUAUUUGAACAAAAUAUGGUGAGAUGUGGAAAUCUUCUAGCUGAAUCCAAGACACUGAUUUAAGUGCAUUUUCUGUAAGUGAAGCUUGAGGUAGCAUGUAAACAUGUAAUGAGAUGAAUGUAUUUUAGUUUCAUGUUCAGGUCAUUUGGGGAGGUUGCUGUUAGUCUGUGCAUUGUUGUGCAUUGAAACAAAAAGAUUUUUUUGUCAGUUUAUAACGGGCAACCAGCCAUUCCCAACAGUUCCUGUUUACAGCAGAUUAUCCACAAGAUUCAUGGGCAUUAAUCAAUCAAUACAGAAAAUCAAGUACCAGGUGUUUAGUGAACUGAACAGCUGUAACAGAGUUAUUUUUUUGCCACAAUGUCAAAGCAACAGUAGUGUAUAUGAAGGGUUGUGUGUGUGCAAAAAGAUGAUGAGCAGAUCACACAAUAAGAGAGGUUUUGUCUCAGGAUACCGGACCAUUGAAUUCUGAAAUCCUCUGCAGAAAAACACUCACUCGGGAUCUACAAUGAAAUCAGAAGGACUUUAAGUGACUCUUUACCCUACGGGUCAGUCAACAUAGUAAGAUCAUGACUAACAUCAGAACUGAACAGAUCCUAUCGUGUCCAUCUGCUCCGUUUGUGGACCACAAACUCCUUGGCAUGAGGACAGUCAUCCGUAGGACAGAUAGCCUGGGUGUUGUUACCAUAUGAAGCUAAAUGGAUGUUCAGUUUCCACAUGUCUGUGCUGAUUAACCACUGCUGAUGUGUUAGAGAUGUGACAAAAGCCAUGUUCCUCCUGUACAUAGAGCCGGGGAUGUGUCCUCUUCGGGUGGUGUUGCCUUCUUUCGUGUAAUGACAAAAGUGAUGGGAAUUUGAUGUCUUUCAUACAUGUGAUGCAACAUGGAUGCUUCAACAAAAGAGCAAUCAAAGCUACUGUUUGGUUAGUCUCUGUGUUAACUGCCACAUCGCUCCCACCGCAUCACUUUCUGUCAGUAAAAAACAAACAAAAAGCAGGCAUUUCAGUAUUUUCCAAGCUUCAGAGUUCUAGUAAUUUACACAUGCAUGAUCACGGUGACAGCGAUAAUGAGAGAUGGGUGAGAGAGCUGUGUCUUAAAGCCGCCUGAUUAUUUUUUGUUUUAGUGUGCCCAUGAUGUUAACUGAGAUUCAUUUUGCCAACAAUGUGAUUAUGAAACAGAGCAAAGCAGAGAAAUGUUUAUUCCCGGCGUUCCCUCUGCAACAUUCCAAAAUUAUAGAUGAUUUGUCGUUCCCUCUAAAUGAGAUGUAUAUUUAUAUCACGUGUUGUUGUGUUGUUAUAAUAUGUUGAGUUUGAAAUGUGAAAACGGGAUCUAUCUGAGGGGUCAAAGUCACCUGCUGACGACCUGAACAUAAAGUCCCGCGAUGAAGAGAAGGUGUCAUUUAGCAACAAUACCACCUUUGAAGUGUGCUGACUGCAAGACUUGAGUUAUACAGUGUACCAGUUAGAUUACCUGUAGUAUAUAAGGCCAUGCUUAGCAUGUACAGUGCAGCCUAGGACUUCACCUUACUGUCUGUACAGAAGAGCCUAAUCUGUGCCUGGGGAAAACUCACCCAAAGAGUUCCCUGUAAAGCCUGGAUUUCUUAGGUAGAGAAGCUUUCUGGUAAAUAUGUAGUAUAAACUGUACAAAAUAAAUCCAUGUUUAAUUUAUUGCAAUCUUUACAUUUUUAUUUUAUUCAUGAUGUCUGUCUACGAGCUUAACAAAGGACAAUUAAAAAGAGAUCACCUGACUUUUCUGCACUGAGUGAUAUCACUUCCAAGAAUUUGGCUGCAUGCAACCAAAUCGGGCAGUGAUUAGCACUGUUGCCUCCCAGCAAGAAGGUGCUGGUUUAAAUCCAGUAGACAGCUGGGGCCACUGGGUUUGGAUGUAUGACCCUUUGCUGAAUGACUUUCUCGUUAUGCCUUUUUUCCCAUCACUGUUAUUAAAUGGCGGUGAAAUACCUGCAAUUCUUGUAAGAGAGCAUGAAAGUGCAAUGAACAAAAUACACGAGUUGGAAGCUCG